CUAAACUUGAUGUUUGUACUGAUGUGAUGGGAAUGUGUGCUGUGGCGAUACUGAAACCUGAUGAUUGUGAACUUUGAUCUGUUUAAUUUAUGGUCUUUUCUUAUAACAAGAGGCCCUCAAAUUUUGCACAUAAUAUUGCUAUUUUUUUUCUUGCGUAGUUUGGUGUCCAUUGCCUCUUGCUUGAUUUGUCCAUGGCUUCAAGAGGCUGCUUUACUUACUCUUGUUUUACUUGAUUCUUGGCAUCACAUCAGCGACUGGUAACCGCGGUAUACCUCAGCCAUGUGAAGAGUUUCGUGCAUGUUUGCCACUUGUUGCUUCUGAAUAUGGUUUUGAGUGAGGUGUACGACUGCCAUGCGGCUAAUGGUUCUGGUGGCGGGUGUGGAGCUCUGAUGUCAUCUGGAGCCAUAGCUCCAUACUUGAGGUGUCAAUGGGGUCAACAGUACUGGAUCGCAAUGCCUUGGUAGUUGGACCCUUCACCUCAUAUAUGCACCGGCAGCUCAGAAUAGUCAACAUAAGCUUGGUGGCAACAUAAGCUUUUUGCAGAGAAGAUGAGAAUAGCGACCACAAGACCUGAGUGAGCUUUCUAUAGUCACAUGUUUCUGCGCAGAAAGCUCAGGAUGAGGAGAAUUUGGAGGACCAAUUAGGUAUGAGGGGACCAUUGUUGCAUUUCAUGGGUGCUGGAUGUGAUCCGAGGCUUUGAGCAUAUUAAGAAUGUGGUUUUUGAAUUUGGGGUGGCCUUGGUUUUUGACCUUUAACUAAUACUAGGGAAAGGGAAGGGGAAGGUGUACCUAACAGACCAGGUUUUGGUGCAUUUUAGUGAUUUCACGGUCUUCGCCUGCCCAAAAUGAGUGUGCUGUAGAACAGUCGUAACCUCCUGUCAACCAAGCAUACAAAAUAAUUGGCCUAAAAAGCUUGUUCUUUAGAGACCCCGAGAGAUUAAAGUGGGAUCAUCCUCGUGCCAAAUGAUAGUGAGGAUGCUGGGAUAUGCUGUGGUACGGGUACCUCUGAUUCCAACUAAGAGAUGAAGGUCUCCCAUUUGUGACCCUUUUAUGUACAACUUCAAGUACUAAAACGGAGAAUGAGUUGGUCUAAGGUACAUUAGUGCACCCACAUUGAGCAACUAGUUAAUUUGAGACUAGACUUCUCCAUGCAUUCAUAAGAUAAGUCGAGACUAUAUCGAACUAGUCUACUUGAAAUAUCGAUGUAUAUAUAUUAGAUGUAUCGCAAAACUUCUCCUACAGAAUAACUUCGUCUAGCAGAUGAACAUUUGUUCAGUUCAGCCUUUAGAGUCGCAGAUGGGGUAUUUCUCUCAUCCGCCUAGAAUUAUUCGGUAGAGUCGAAAGUGGUGGAGGGUCGACUCAAAAGUGAAUUUGUGUUGCUUGCUAGGGAAAGUAGAGGGGAAAGGGAAGGAUAGUCUACCGAGUCCUGCCUGUCUUCUCGGGUAAACCAAGUCACAGAAAGCCUCUAACAAGCUCUAGCUUUCUCUACAAAGCUGCUGUUGUGAAGGCCCUGGUAUAACUCUAGAAAGGAAUAAAGCAAAACACAAAGCUACAGUCUAAAGAAAGACAUCAAAUUCUCGCUUCUUGUACAAGUAGUACCAUUUAAUUUAACAAUGAUGAACUGAUGAUAGCUUAUAAUUGUAUGAUAAACUCCCCCAAACAUAUGCCUAAGAUGUUGUUCUGCCAUGGAUGUCAUCAGUUCAUUACAAAAUUCAGAACACUCGUGUUUCCAAAAGCUCUGCCAUGCAUAUUCUUUCAAAAGGUCCUGUUUAUUUCUCCUCCUCUUUCUUCUUUUACCAGUUGUUUUUCUGGGUGUAGCUACAUUGAUCAUAAUCUUCGUCAUGAAGCCCCAAAAGCCAGUUUUUUCGCUUCAAGACGUAAACGUGGAUUCAUAUAAGCUCAAUGCCUAUUCGGGUUCAACCCUGUUUGUUUCAUCAGUAAUCACAUUGACCCUGAAUGCUCAAAAUCAUAACAAAGUCGGCAUCUGGUAUACCCCUUCCCACCUAGAAGCUCUCUAUGAUGGAGUGCCUAUAGGAACAAUUCGGAUUCCCGGGUUUCUUCAACCUGCUCAUAGUAGUAAUGUGACUAUGCAGACGAGGCUUUUGUUUCCAUGUGUGAAUGCCAGCCAGAUUGUGACAGAGGCUUCAUUGCAAGAGGAUUCCAGGAAAACAAUGUUUCAGAUGAAAAUAUUGGGUGAUGUUGGAGCUCACCUGCUGGUAUUUCACAUUAUUCUUUUGAAGAUCAAGGUUGGUCUGGAGUGUGACAUGAAUAUUGAUUACAAGGAGCUGACCAACAGAAAUGAAGUUCACAACACCAUUGGAUCUUUUCCUACCAAUUCCCAGUCCAUGUUCAUGAAUUGCACAUUGGCUUUGAACAUAUAGAGGUGAAGUAACAACUAUGUAGAUAACAUGAGUUUUCUAGUGACUGGCUAAUUGUACGUGUAGUUGAAUAACAGUAUAGAGUUGUUCAAAUGUAGAUAACACCUAAUCAACAACUAUGAACUCUUGAAACCAAUCAAGUCCAAGAUUCAUGUUGUUUGAUGGGAUUGGUUUACCAAUUUGGCAAAUACUCGUAAUUUUGUGCGCCGCUUUUCUGGUAUGAAACGACAUCACUCGAUCACAUCGAUCAAAUUAAGUGAACAAAAAUUUUAUACUGGUUGCUUUGUCCAUUCUAUUGCAUCACUUCACUUUCUGAUAUUUAAGAUAUGAUCAACUUUUUGUUGUUUGGUCUGUG